UCGCUCCCUGUACCUUAAAAAAGCGUGUGCACGGCUGAAGGUCACUUAAACACAAAAGGCUUUCAGUGCUGCGGUCCAAUAUAGCGCAUGCGCGCUGCCGGAGGACUGCUUCACAGACCGCAAUAUGGCGAGAAUGCCUGCCAGCGGAGACAAGGAGCGGGAGCAGAUGAGCUGCCCUGAGAGAAACAGAAAUGAGGAGGAGGAGGAGGAGGAGGAGGAAGAUGAAGAUGAGAUCCAGGUGGUCCAGAUCACGGGGCGGGGGGGAGACGAAGAGUCUGACAGAGAUGGUGUUGAGCUGGAGUGGGAAUCGGAGAAUACAGUGCUGGACCCCAGCGGUUCCGCCGUGCAAACACGAGCGGUCGUUAUGCGGAGUGUGGACCGAGGACAGGAGGAGGGAGAGGCGGACCCCUUCAGCAGCAGCAUCCCCGCGGGGCUGGAGUGUCACCUAGAGGGAGACCUUCAGCGGUCAGAGCGGAACAGACUAAGCGAAAACACGCGCUUGGCCACCCGGUACGCGGUGAGGAUCUUCAGGGAAUACCUCAGUGAGAAAGCUCAAAGUCCAGACUUUGAAACUCUGGACAAGGAGGCGCUCUGUGCGGUGCUGCGCUCCUUUUACGCGGAGGCGCGCUCCAAAAGUGGACAGUUAUACAGCAAGUCGUCCCUCAUCAGCAUCCGGAGCUCACUGAACCGAUACCUAAACGAGCCACCCUACUGCCGCACCUUGGACCUCACCAAGGACCCCGAGCUGCGCAGCGCCAACCUGACCCUGGCCGCGGUCAUACAGAGGCUGGAGGAGCAGGGCGCCGGUCCCGUGGUGCAGAAACAAGCCAUCACGCGCUCAGACUUGCGGAAACUGUAUGAGUCCGCUGUGUUCAACACCGACACUCCAUUUGGGUUGCUCAACAAAGUCUGGUUCGAAACAUGUAUGUAUUUUUGCACCAGGGGCCGGGAGAAUCAGCGGGAGCUGGAGGAGGACUCGUUCGGCCUGGCUGUCGAUGAGGACGGGAGGAAAUUUGUCUAUUUUAAAGCUCUCGGACCGUACCACAAGUCGCGCUCCGCCGCCUGGACCAAGAAGCGUCCAGACGAGGACACCUUGCCGCGCAUGUAUGAGACGGGUACGGAGCUGUGUCCCUACGCCAGCUUCGUCCGGUACGUGUCCAAACGGAAUCCGCUUUGCAGGGCAUUCUUCCAGCGGCCCCGGGACCACUGCUGCGCGAGCGACGUGAUGUGGUACGAGAACAAAGCCAUCGGUAAGAACCUGUUGGGCACGAGGAUGCAGAUGUUGUCGCGCGCUGCCAAACUCUCCAAGACAUAUACCAACCACUGCAUAGGCGCUGUCUCCAUAGCAACACUAAACAGCAUCGUGGGCGCCGCGGGCUCCAGGCCGAUGUCAACGUUUUACGUUGCCACGGAAACGGUCAACGGUCACGCGCAAUCCCAUCUCCAGCUCGUGAUCCCAUACCUCCGUCGAGUCACUGACUCUGAGGAUGUGAAGCCUCAGCGGACAACGACAGCAACGGCAGCAACAACUUUAAGCAUCCCAUUAACAGCAGUGAAGAGAGUCAGAGCCGAGGAGGACCCGGGGGCUCCUUACGCCAAGAAGUUGUGCGUGCACCCCGGGACACGCACUGAGGUACCUGUGGAGCGGGACGAGAGCGAGCUGGCGUCUGCGAGAGCUACAGAGUCACAUAUUCAUGCACAGGUCGCUGUCCGGUCCCUGGUCGCUGUGGUCACACAGGACAGCCGUGGCAGCAGCAGCAGCAGCAUGUUGAGUCAGCAGGUGGUUUCUGCAUCUCCCGUGUCUCCUCUGGGCUCUGCUGGCAUCCCCACACCAGCCCAGCUCACCAAAACCAACGCGCCUGUCCAUAUCGAUGUAGGAGGACACAUGUACACCAGCAACCUGGCCACCCUCACCAAGUACCCUGAGUCACGGAUUGGUCGUCUGUUUAUUGGAACAGAGCCCAUAGUGCUAGACAGUCUAAAGCAGCACUACUUCAUCGAUCGAGAUGGCCACAUGUUUCGUUACAUACUUAACUUCCUCCGGACCUCCAAACUUCUCAUCCCUGAUGACUUCAAGGAAUACUCCCUGCUGUACGAAGAGGCCAGUUUCUUCCAGCUGGCUCCUUUGCAGGCCGAGCUGGAGCGCUGGAGGAUUCAGCGGGAAUGUGGGAUUGUGUGUCAAGAAUGUGAAUGUGUUGUGGUUCAUGUGGCUCCCGAGCUUGGUGAGAGGAUCAGUGUGAGCGCCCACUGGGCCGUGAUUGAGGGGAUUUUCCCUGAGGUCAAAGACGUCAUGUCCAAAUCCCUGAACACCAGCUGGAACCAGGACUCCACACACAUCAUGCGCUUCCCACUCAACGGCUACUGCCACCUCAACUCUGUGCAGGUGUUGGAGCGGUUACAGCAGAGAGGAUUCUGGAUCACAGCUUCAUGUGGUGGUGGAGUGGACUCUUCUCAGUUUAGUGAAUACAUUCUACGGAGAGAGAGCCAAGGCAACCGGCACACCCCCACCCUCAUACGAAUCAAACAGGAACUCACUGACUGAACUCAAAGCUAAACAAAGAAAACUAUCAGCAACUGGUCCAUGCAAAUAUGUGGACAUGAACGCACAGAAUCUCUUACAGUUCCAUGGGAUGAUAUUUUAUCUUCUUUGUCACUUUACAUACAGUUCAUCAAUAUGGAAGUCCUGAGAGGCAAGUGGAAAAAAAUUCUGGUGAUCCAUUUUCUAAGCCUCUCCUCAGUUUAUGACAUAAGAACAGGUGGGAAAAGGUUCUUACUUUGUUAAACUUUCUAAGUUACUUAAUUUUUACUCAUCUGUGAAGUAGGUGUGGAAAAAAAAAAUUUUUUUUCUAAGUUACAACCCCACACCCCCCAUUACAUUUUUUGCUGCUUUAACCAUUUAAUCUAAAGUUAGGGUCUGACAGACUUGCAUCAAAAUUCAGUUAAUGGCUUUACCCAUGUUCACAUGCAUAAAUAAGCUUUCUUGUGGGGCAUUUAAAGCUCUACUGGGGCCCCUCUGCUGGCGUUUAGUUUGUUUAUGCCUCGGACUGGCUCUGUUACAGUGCAUGAAGAAAUUAAAACUCACCUGGAAGAAAACAUAACGGCUUUUUGCCCUAUUUAGGCAACAGUCUUCAUUCAGUCAUCUUUUUCACCUGUUUCACUGUCGAAAAAAAUUAUAACUUCGAAAAAUGAUCCUGGCAAAACUUUUUUUCAACUGGAAAAAACUUUUUUACCACCUAUUUCACUGAUAAGAAAAUUAAUUUAGUAACUUGGAAAGAUUAGCAAGGCCAACAGUUUUUUUCACCUGAUCAUAAAUAGAGAAGAGAAAAACAUUUGAUGAGAAAGAUUUUUCCCACUUGUCUAUCAGGGCUGUGUUUAGGCAUAGGCAGUCAUCUAGUGUUCCAUGAGCCGGAGGACAGCGAAUGAGAAGGUAAUUUCAGAUGCACAAUCUACUUUGAAUAGUCUGCCUCUGCCAUCCAGUGCAGCCCUUACAUUGGUAAAAAGAAUCAAAAACUGCUCACUCAGCACUAAACAGAUGUACUGAGAGAAGACUACAGACAAACAGUUGGAGGACUCUACUUCACUGUAACUUCAUUAGCCUGCUCCUGCUGCUUAUUUUGUGACCCUGUGCUUCACUGGCUCACAGUGCUGUGUAACAAUCACAUAUGAGUAACCAGGUUUUAUAUAUAUCACCAAAACUUCACAAUGUGAUUGACAUUGAAAUAAUUCAUAACGAUACCCCCUCAACUUAAAUCACGUAACAGUUAGUCACUGAGUUUAACAAAGGAAAGUAUUUUAUAAUGAACAGUGAUCUACACCCUAAGAUUAAAAUCACUGAGGUCCCAACCCAGAGAAUCCAUGCAUUUUAAAUCUGUUAAAACUGUUUGGGCUUAUAACAACAGCUGUCAGAAACACAAGCUGUCAGAAACACAGCAGUGUGCUCUGUUAAGGCACAAUACUGUGAGUGAAUGACCUGAGAUGAAUAGUCAUACAGAAACAGCACUGGAUGAUGCAAGCAAGUGGUCAGUUUAUGGCUGUUUCGACAGCAUUUUGCAGGUAAACACAUUUUAUUGAAAAAAAAAAUGGACCAAAGUAACUUUUGGAUCAUAAAACAGUUAGGAAGUGAAGUGAUACUAAGAAUGUUGCUCUUCUGUACAGAAAUGACCAAGACUGUUUAACAUGCACACACACACACACA